UAUCAGGUAUCCUUUAGAGCUCAGGAAAGACAAGCCUGCUAAAAAUAAGACAAAGGAUAUCAAAAGAAAAGAAUCAUCAAAUGAUGCAGAAGCUAAUCUUGGUAAUGAUGAGGAUGAGACUAUGGAGGACUCAGAAACUACUGGUGGACAGUCUGUGCAUGGAGUUUCCAAUCACUUGACCAAGAGUCUAACCUUAAAUAAAGUUGGCUCAGGCAAUAACUCUGACAUUCUCUCUGAUUCAACAACACAAGAAAUACUGCCAGAGGCAGUGAAACCCAGUGGUCGGAUCAAUGCAUGCAUGGCUGUAGGGAAAGAUACACUCUAUUUAUAUGGAGGAAUGAUGGAAUUGAAAGAUAGAGAAAUUACUCUUGAUGAUAUGUAUUCACUUAAUCUUAGCAAACUAGAUGAGUGGAAGUGUAUCAUACCGGCAUCUGAAUCUGAAUGGCUAGAAAUUUCUGAGGAUGAGGAUGAUGAAGAUGAAGGUGAUGAUGAUGAUGAUGAUGACAAUGAUAGUGGGGGUGACGCUGAUCAGACAGAUGAAGAUGAUGAAGAGUCUGAUGAAGAUGCCGAGAAGAAUGUCGAUAUGUCCAACGCUGUAUCUAUAAUAAAGGGAGAACGUAAGAACCUGCGAAGAAAAGAGAAGCGUGCUCGGAUAGAUCAAAUCCGGGUUAUGCUUGGUCUUUCUGAUUCUCAAAGGACUCCAAUGCCAGGAGAGUCACUAAGAGAUUUCUACAAGAGAACAGAUAGGUACUGGCAAAUGGCUGCAUACGAACACACCCAACACACUGGAAAGGAGCUUCGCAAAGAUGGUUUUGAUCUUGCCGAAACUCGAUACAAGGAACUGAAACCCAUACUCGACGAGCUUGCUGUGCUCGAGGCUGAACAGAAGGCUGAGGAAGAGGCUAGUGCUUCGACUAGUUCCAAGAAGGACACAAAGAAAAUCAAGCCGAAGAGUGGCAUGAGAUAAGCUUUGGUUAUAAAUGAAGUGUGCUUUAGGCCCGCUUUUUCAUCUGGGGAUUUUUUUUUCCUUGUGAUCCCUGAUCCAUUCGGAUGGUCAGCUCUACACAGGGUAUAUACAUUGUAUCUGGGCAGAUGGGCUUAUAAUCCAUGGUCAAAAAUUUCCAAUGUAGUUUCAAUCCACUCGUAAACAUUCAAGAAGAGUUUAUACGCAAAUUCUAUUCAUCGUAAUUUUACUACAAGCCCGAGUUCUCUGCUGUGUGCAGCGAUGGUGUUGGUGUUUGCCCGUUGGCAUGCAUUCUUUUGUUCCAUUAUCCUUGUCGCCGUUU